ACUUGACAGUUUUCGAAUAGCGAACAAAAUUGAUUCACAUUUCUCGUACAACUUCUAAGGCAAAACCAUUAUUUGGACGGGUUUUGUUGUGGAGUCAGCUUGUCUAAGAAAUAAACUUUUAGUAAUCUUGCAUUCUAAUUUACAAUGGCAGAUCAAAACGCAGAACCUGUAACAACAGAUGUGGAGAGUAAUUAUUCUACCCCAGCUAAUGAUCCUAAAAAUAUGCAAGAAGUAACGCAGUAUGUACAAUCACUAUUGCAGAACAUGCAGGACAAGUUCCAAAGUAUGUCUGAUCAGAUAAUAAACAGAAUAGAUGAGAUGGGUUCAAGAGUUGAUGAGCUUGAGAAAAAUGUCACAGAUCUAAUGACACAAGCUGGUGUAGAAAAUGAAAAGUAGGGGGAAUUCAUUAUUAAUAACGUGUCUUAUUUUAACAAUGAUAGUUUUUUUGCCUAUAUAGAAGAAAUCUGAUUAUUGCAGAAUUCUAGACUGAUUACUGAUGUAGGUCUUUUGGCAAUCUAUUGUCAAAUUAACUUAGGCAAUAAUUCAUUGUUUUCAUUCAUGAAUAUAAAUUGAAAAAUUGAAUGUCUAUAGAUGAAAUGCAUUUUCUAUCUAACUGCUUUACUAAUAAACAUUGUAUAGGUGGUGAAAAGGGAAGCAAAGAUUCCUGCUAUCUGUCAUCAGUUAUUUGAUGUUUUAAAGGAUACAAAGCAUUGAAUAUUAAUUACAGACUUAUGAAUACACAACAAUAAUAAGAAGACUGCGGUACCAAUCAUAAAAAUAGGCAUAAAUUGAGUGUUAUUUUGAACCUGUGUAACAGAGGUUGGAAUACUCAGAUUUCGGCUGAUAAAUACAUUAAAUCUUAUAGGCAAAAAAUAUCUAAAUAGGACAUUUCGUUAUGUCUUGCAUUUCGAUAUUAAGACACUUAUAAAUUAGAGUAAGUAGUUGGGUGCUUAAAAAUCAUGUAUAUUUUCUUUAUAAAUAGAUAAUAAAAUUGAAUGUUUUUAUAAUAUAAGUCAAUAGUUUUGUCCUAGUAUUACAUGAGGUUGUAAAAUUAGGUGCAAUAUUUCUUAGCUUAGCACUACAACAUAUAUAAUCGCCACUGCACAUACAUGCAAGAGUGGCUAAAGUAUUUUUAAAAAACUUAACCCUAUGCAUGUCACUGUGUAUGUGCUGUUUAAGGCUAGUGCACGCGUAAAUAGGGACUUGUCACACAAAAUUGCAUAGCAAAAAUCCUCCUACAGUUUUAUGUAUGGUCACACACCUGAUAAACCACUUUUUCUAUUGAUAUUGUAUUAACAAUUCCAGAAAUAAAACCACAAAUCUGGUUGAAAUCCAGAAAACUUUUCAUGCAAAUAUUAUAAAACAGUCAAUUAUAAAAGAUGAUACUAAAUGGAAGCAGUAACUAUAGUAAAUAUGUAAUUAAUUAAUCAUUAAUAAAUACUGUUUAACCAGUAGGUAUAACUGAAGUGAUUCAAAGCAAUGUUAUUUAUAAUGUAAUGCCUGAGAGAAUAAAAGUUGGAACUUUGAUUAAAAUAUUUUUUUAAAUUUAUACCUUAAAUUUUUCUCUAUAUUUAUUACUUUUUACCUUAAUAACUGCUAAAUUGCUUUGCUAACUAUUCAAAGUCCCAGUUUAAAGAAUAUCUAGAAAAUUACUACUAAUUAAUAUCUGCAAAAUAAGAUUUUCGUACUUAUCUAUAAACUGAGUUAAUAUUGCGAAAAUUUAACAUGUUUUAUUUUAUGUCCGCUUCUGUUAUUUGAUUUAAUAAAUUACCUUGAGGAAUGUUGGAUAUUUGACAGAUGCCUUAAAAUGUCUCAUGAAUAAUUGAUAAGAAUAUGUGUAAUUUAAUAAAAUGUAAUUUAAGUACCUACUUUUUAUGACCAGUAAACCAUUUUUUAUGUA